GAACCCCCGGCCCAGGUGGGACUAGGCUGAGGCAGAGUGAGGCCUUGUCAGGUGCAGCAUUUAAAGGGGUAGGGGCAGAAAUAGCAGCCACUGUGUGAGGUUCCUGUGGCUGCCCUGGAAAGUACCGUGAGCACGGCUUCCAGCAGCGGCGCUGCGUUCUUCUGCCGUUUUAGGACUGGAGGUUCAGGACAAGUGGACUGCAGAGCCGCACUCCCACCCUAGGGCCCUGGCUCGCGCCUUCCAGUUGGCUCCCAGCAGUCCCUGAGAGUGGCAGUGGCACUCACAGGGCCUUUCUGGGUUUCUGUGUCUCUAGGCCUCCCUGUGGUGAUGAGAACACCAGGUGUUGGCCGAAUCCAGUGUGACCCUGUCUUGUCUAAUUACAUCUGCAAAAACCCUAUUUCUAAAUAUAGUCACAUUCCAAAGUCCUGGAGACACGAACUUGGUUGGGUUACUAAAUUCAACCCACUCUAAUAAUCGUGAUGAAGGAUUUCACAAUGCCGUGUUUCAGAUGAUCAAAAUGAAUGCAAAAUGAUCACAGUGAGCAAAAUGUCAAAAUCCUAAGGAAAGGUGGGAUCUGCCUGGGCUAGUAUUAGGUUGCGGCCAGUGAGCAGAGUCAGACCAGGGCAGGAUUGGAUUCUGUCUUUAAAAUUUUGUUUGUAAUGGCCUUUUUGGAACUAAUUUUGAUUUUUACAUGAUUUUACGUUACAGUAUUUGUAUUGAUUACCAAGAUUUUGACACCCCUUUUAUUUACAAGCAAGGUGAGUAUCCCAUUGUCACCACAUUGGAUUGAUUGCUGGGCCUGCUUUCUCCAGCGUGGGGACUGGGUUCCUCGGGUGAGCAGACAGGGAGCGCAGGUUAUAAGCUGUAUGGCCUUGUUUCUGAGUUCACCUCUGUGAGCUGAUGUGGAAAGUACACAGCAUCACUUCCACCACAUUCUGGUUAUUAGAAGUGGGUCAUUAAUACAAAUUUCCAUCUGCUGGUUCACUCCACAGAUGGCCGCAGUGGCCAGGGCUGGGCCAGGCCGAAGCCAGGAGCUUCAUCUGGGUCUCCCACGUGGGUGGCAGGGACUCAACCACUUUCCCAGGCCAUUAGCAGAGAGCUAGAUCAGAAAGGGAGCAGCCGCGACACAAACCAGUAAGGAACUUUAAGCACUGUGAAAGCUAGAAGGGGGUGCAGAUACUUUAUUAUUUACUUAUUUUAACUUAAAAGAAGCACUUCUGUCUGCUGUUUCAAUCCCCAAAUGGCCACCACAACCAGGACUGGGCCAUGCCAGGUCUCUCAGGUGGGUGUCGGGGACCCAAGGACUAGAGACAUUACUGCUGUCCUCCCAGGGUGCACAUUAGCAGGAAGCUGGAACUGGGAGCCGAGCCAGGACUCACCCCAGGCCCUCUGAUAGGCAGUGCAGGCUUCUGACGCGCUAGGCUAAAUGUCUGCCCACCUGAGACCACCCCUCUAUGCCUGGCUUUGUGAUGGUGGGGCCAAGACUCCACAAACUCAGCUUCCCCAGCUGCCCUGUUAGGGGGCGCUAAAGAAAGACAGGGAGCCUGGAGAGCACAGAAAGGGCUGCUCCUUCCUGUCUGCAGGCCUUCCCAGGGGCUUCCUGGUGACCCACAGGUGGAGAAGGGGCCACAGGAGAGGCAGCUCCCUCCAGACGGCCCAGUGCGGCUUGCUGUGUCCCCAGCCCUUGGUGACCGGGCCGCGCGCUGCCCCGCAGCCCUCAGUGCCAGAUGGACAGCUCCUCCUCCUCAGAUUACAGUGGGACCAUGGAUCUUUUUGGAGACAUAAAUGACAUUUCUUCGUCGAGUGAUGAGGACAGCCAGCUCCCUAUGCCAGGACAACAUGUUGAUGAACCCCAAGCAGCCCUGGACCAGCAUGGGAAGCAGCCCACUUCUGAAACCAGAAUAGAAGUAGAGAUUCCCAAUAUCAACUCUGACUUAGGAAAUGAACUCCACUUUGUGAAACUACCCAAGUUUCUCAGCAUAGAUCCCAAACCUUUCGACCCUCAGUUUUAUGAAGAUGAACGUGAAGAUAAGAAAAUGCCUUACGAUGGAGACAGAAUCAGGCUGAAAUUAAAGGUGGAAAAUACCAUUCGAUGGAGGAUCCGCCGGGAUGAAGAAGGAAAUGAGAUCAGAGAGAGCAACGCUCGCAUCGUCAAGUGGUCAGACGGAAGCAUGUCCCUGCAUCUGGGGAACGAGGUGUUUGAGAUCCACCAGGAACUCCUGCAGGACAACCACAACCACCUGUUCGUAAGAGGCGACACCGGCCUGCUGGGACAAGCCAUCUUCAAAUCCAAGCUCACCUUCCGGCCUCAUUCUAUAGACAGUGCCACCCAUAGAAAGAUGACCGUGCCACUUGCUAGUAGAAUUUCAAAGGCACAGAAGAUUAGGAUCCUGCCAAUGGCCUCUUGCGAUCCUGAGGGCCCGCGCACAGACAUGAUGAAGAAGGAGGAAAGACGGCUGCAGGCUUCUACUCAGCGCGGGUCUCAGAGCAUCCAUCUGCGGGGGAGGGGGAGGCGGCGCCAGCAGGUGCCAAGCACCCCCCACCAGGAUCCCGACAGUGACGAUGACGAGGAGGAGGAGGAGGAAGGGGAGGAGGAACAGGAGGAGCAGGAGGCAGCCAGCCUGGCUGCCCUGAACAGCCCUCGCCCAGGGGCAGCCCACGAGAAACGAGCCCGAUUCAGCUCCUCGGACAGUGACGAGGGCUCCGAAGAGGAUAAGACUCGGAGGUUACGCAGAGCCAAGCAGCUCAGCAGUGAUGAGGAGAACGUCCCAGAAAGAGGCCAACAGGGGGUGAAGAGGAAGAUGACUGAAGCAUAAAAUCCGUGUUCAUCAUGUAGUAUUCAACAGUUCCUUUAAAAACGAGGAUUUUUUUCAUGUAUCUGUUGGCCGUGUGUGUAUUCUCCUUUGAGAGCUACCUGUUCAGAUCUACUGCCCAUUUUUUUUUUCUGUUCAGCUGAGUCCUUUCUAUAUUCUGGUUAUGAACCUCUUGUCUGAGGCAAAAUUAUGUGUAAAUAUUUUCUUCCAUUCUGUAGGUUUUCUCUUCACUCUUAUCUUUUGCCGUAUAGAAGCUCUUCAGGUUGAUGAAAUCUCAUUUGCCUAUUUUUGCUUGUUUUUGGUGCUUUUGGGAUCUGAUCCAAAAAUCCUUACUCAUUCAAUCUCCUAAGGCUUUCCCCCUAUAUUAUCUUCUAGUCGUUGCAAGGUUUUACGUAUAAUAGGUCUUCAGUCCAUUUUGCACUGAUUGUCGUACAUGGUGGGAGAAAGACGUCUGGUUUCAUUCCUGUGCGUGGGAUAUCCAAUUUUCCCAGUUCCUUUUAUUGUGAAGACGAUCCUCUGUCCAAUGUGUGUUCUUAGCACUUUUGUUAAAGAUAAAUCAGUUGGCUGGAGAUGCAUUAAUUUACCUCUAAGAGUCUGUUUUGUUCCAUUUAUCUGUAUUUAUGCCAAUACCAUGCUGUUUU